AUGCAGCGGCUAAAAGAUACGUAUUCCAACUUUAACUCAGACGAAGUAAGGCUUACCGAGCGCGGCGGUAGAGUCUUCAUAAGCGUCCAAGACCUGAGAUUUCCCGACAAAAACCGCUGGACGAAACCGCAACCCCUUUUUGAUGAAGAUGGUGAAGUUAGGGGUGACGUGGCGAGAUUAAGAGGUUUUCAACUAGCUACCCGAAGUGACCUAGAAAGAUUGGAAACCCUGAAUGAGAGGGUUGCGUUAGAAAAACGCGUCGAGGAGCUGCAAGUAACACUGGAGGAAAGGGAAGCAGAUUACAUGAGACAGAACCAACUGCUUCUCGAUGCUCAAAAAAGAGAAGUCAACGACAAGAAUCAGCGAAUGAUAGAAAUGAGAGAACAAAAAGACAAUGCCCUACGCGAUAGGGACCAAGCCCAAAAGGCCUUCGAUCUUGCCCUGCAAGACCUGGAUAUGAGCAAGGAGGAAGCCAAAAACUUGCAUAUCACCAUAGCCGGCUCUUUGGAGGAACGGCGGCAGUUGGUUGCCGAAAUUAACACCAAAGAAGAGCAAAUCCGGCAAAGAGAUCAGGCCAUUGAAGACCUGGAGGGGCAAAUAGAGCGGCAACAGAAGGUAAUUAAUGACCAAACUCGUCCCGAAGAGGAAAGGGAAGCAGCUCAAAAGGAAGUAGAAACCCUUCAGGAAAGGAUUGCGGAAUUACAGGCGCAAAAGGAAAACCUGGAAAAGGAGUUGGGUCUUACCACCAAGAAAAAGGUAAAAAGAGCACUUUUGAAGUAUGGCUACGGGCGCGGGCGUAAAGAAAUUAGGCAAUGGGCUGACGGACUUGGGAAAAAAGAUGGCAGCCGGCUUGCCUGGGCUGCUUGGUAG